AGAAUGGCUUCAACCAAAUGCGUUAUAAGGCUCAUUUAAUGGGUACCACCUACGCUUACGAUUUUUCCGAAUUAUUUCGCCAAGCUAUAAGCAUACUAUGGAAUCGUGCAUCUCAAACCUUAAAUAUCCUACAACCGAAUUGGCAAGAUCAUUGGGAAUACCUAGAGUAUACUUGUCAGCAAAUUCUGGUGCAAGGAUUUGAUUGGCUGAAGAAGUUAUUAAUCAUUUUAACGUUUGCAUGGAUUGAUAAAGGAAAUCCAAACAAAGAAAUUGUUGAGGAAGGAGAAACACGACAUAAAAUCACCAACAUUAUUGGAUCAAAAGAUGGGCUUGGUGUUGAAUGUUUGAAGGGUAUUGGAGCUUACUUAGUAAGGUUGGGACAGCGUACAAUUCAAAAUGAGGGUCAACUCAUAAUAUUAACCAGAGCACCAGCAUUGAAUAAAGUGUUGAGAAGAGAAGUUUAUACAGGAAAUCUACAACUUGGGGAUUAUGCAAUGGCUUCUUACGUUCCAGCCGUUCGAAAUUCUCCUGUACCAAGAUUUAUGAAUUCAGGUACUUGGGACAGGGAUGUUAAUUAUAUGCCUCCCAAAGGGCCUUACGAUCCAAGAUGGUUAAUUGCGGGCAAAUAUGAGAUUGAGAGAGAUCCCAAAAGUUGGUGGAUGGCCGAGGACCGUUGUAGUAGGACGCGCACGUCUUGGUGGAAUUCCAGUGGGUGUUAUAGUCGUACUGUCGAAAGUAUAGUUCCAGCCGAUCCGGCUAAUUCCGGACAAGUUUGUCACCUUAAUUCAGCCUAUAAGACUGCUCAAGCGAUUAAUGAUUUUAACAAAGGCGAACAAUUACCCUUAAUGAUUUUUGCUAAUUGGCGUGGAUUUUCAGGCGAACUUCGUGGUGGUGCUUGGGUUGUAAUAGAUCCUACCAUUAACGAUGAUAUGAUAGAAAUGUAUGCCGAUGCAAAAUCAAGAGCUGAUGUACUUGAACCCCAAGGAAUUGUUGAAAUCAAAUUCAGAAAGUCACAAUUGCUUGCAACAAGAAAGCGAUUCAAUUUGCAGAUUUUACAUGAUACACCAGGAAGAAUGAAAUCCAUAGAAACGAUAAGAACAUCGUUAGAAUUGAAGGAAUCUAGAAGAUUCUUUUAUUGGCGUGUUCGAAGAAGAAUAAUAAUAUUGAAAGCGAUAAUCAUGAAAGAAUCUGAUGAAGAAAUUGUGAAAUGGUUUGAAAAAACCUUGGAUGAUGGUAGUGAUAGAUUCGAAUGA